AUGGGAGCUUACAAGUACCUCGAAGAACUCUGGAGGAAAAAGCAAAGUGACGUUAUGCGUUUCCUCCUCCGUGUUCGUUCAUGGGAAUACAGACAGCACAAGGCCAUCCACAGAGUUACCAGACCAUCUCGCCCAGACAAAGCUCGUCGCGUCGGAUACAGAUCCAAACAAGGCUACGUCAUCUGGAGAGUCCGCGUCCGCAGAGGAAACAGACGAAAACUCGGUGUCAAAGGACAGAUCUAUGGAAAACCAGCCAAUCAAGGUGUUCUUCAGAGAAAAUUCUACAGAUCCCUCAAAAGUGUCGCUGAAGAAAGAGUUGGCAAAAUCUGUGGUGGCUUAAGAGUCUUAAAUAGCUACUGGGUUGCUGAGGACUCCACCUAUAAGUUCUAUGAGGUCAUAUUGGUAGAUCCUAUGCACAAAGCUAUUAGAGGAGACCCUAAGAUCAACUGGAUCUGCAAACCUGUGAUGAAACACAGAGAAUUGAGAGGACUUACAAGCAUUGGAAGGAAACAUAGAGGACUUAGAAAGAAGGGACAUAAGGCAAACAAGGCAAGAGUUAGCAAGCACGCCAACUGGAAGAGGAGAAACACUCUAUCACUUAGAAGAUAUAGAUAA